UUUAUUUUGUGCCUAGGAUGAUUAUUUUUAUCUGAAAUUACUACUUAUCACCUCAUUGAUGUAAGUUUAAUUUAUAUUAUUAAAAAAUUACUCAUUUUUGUGUAAAACAUACCUUCAGUAUUUAAAUUAGUGAUAAUAAAACUUAUAUUUGCAUGAAAUGUUUAUCCUAUAAAUGUUGUUAAUCAAAUUCACCCUCUAAUUUAUGUAUCAUCAUAAUCAUAACUCAAUGUAAAAUAAAUAAGGAUGUUUUUACGAUGUGAGAGGGUGAAUCAGUAUUUACUCCCCAGUUGGAUUGAAAAUAUUUACGUUAACAGUGCUGUAAUAUACGUAAUAUUUAUCCUGAACCCUUUUCUUCAGUGCCGUAAUUUUAUAUUACAUUGACCUAACCUGAAACGGUGAAGUUUUUAGCACAAUUUUCUUUAGUCUGAUUUCACUUAUUUUCCUCAUCAUUUUAAUUUUUUUGUUAAAAUACUGUGGAAUAGUGCUUCAAAUAAAUGUUGUUAAACCUUUUUCAACCUUUAAAUAACUAUAAAUUGGAGUUUUUGCACCACAUACAUACAUUGUUUACAUUUUACUUAUAAAAGACGCAAAUGGAUGUUGAAAAAAAUAAUUCAGACAGUGUCAAAAAUAUGUAUUCCAUUAAUUGAGUAAAAUAAUUUUUUCAUCAUUAAAUAUAUCAUCAUGUUUAAUUUUGUAAUCUAAAAAACAGUCUAAUUUUCUCCAAAAAAUUAUUUAAUUCAAUAUUAAUUAUGGAAGUGUGGUGGUUUUCGAGAGUUGUUGCUCAUCAUCCUUACGCUAUUUUGGCAGCAGUUUUCGUGCUAUCAUCAACAUGUUUAAUUGUUCCUCUAGCUACCAAUAACUUUCCCGAUUUUUCAGACCCUCAAAUGGGGUUUGAAGCACGUGGUACUCCUUUGGCUAAACGCUUUACAGCAUGGUACAAUUUGAUGAGAGCAACUGGUGCUCGGGGAGAACUUGUUGAUGAUCCAAUAGAAUACUAUAAUUAUUUAUUGCAGUUGAUGAAACAAAAUUCGACAGAUUCAUUCAAUAGCACAAGAAGUAUUCCCGGUAUUUUGAGAAAAAAGCCAAAAAAUAAAAAGAAAAAAAAUAAAAAACAUAACAAAAAUUCCAAUGACACAGUCAGUGAUGUAACUGACACGAAUAGUGAAGAUAAAUGGAAUGAACUAUUGAAAUUGAAAAAUAAAAAUCAAUUCGAACAUAUUGACAAUCAUGAAAAUCACAAUCAUUUAGAUGAAGAUUUUUUCUGUCAUGUACCAACAUCUGCAUAUGCUCGAGUAGUGAUUGGAUCAAAUUCUAAAGAGAAAAGUUUAUGGUCACUUGAAGGUGUUUUAGCUCAAUGUCAUAUAGAUGCUAUGUUUAGAGCAAAUCCUAAGUUUUCAUCAAUUUGUGAAGUACCAACAGGAGAUGGACCUCGAAGUAAAAAAUGUUGUAGAAGCUGGAGUCCUGCUAAUUAUGUUGCGUUUUUAUCUAAUCGUACAUCUUGUUUGGGAGUAACUGAAAGUGAUUUAAUUAAAAUUGAAAAUUUAUUGAAAAAAUGUGCAUAUUAUUACCACCAUCGUUAUUUAACUGCCGACUGUACUGAAGACUUUAAUUGCCAAAAACAAGUACCGCCUGAAUGUUAUGUUCAUAAUGCUCCUUAUCAUUUGUUGCAUUUUCUUUUGGAUUCAAAUUUUAUGUCACGAGAAGUUGUCAAAAAUAAUUCAAACACGACUCUAGAAUUUGUCAUGUUAUUUUUACCAUUUGCUGCAAGCUCUGCAGCUUCAGAUUUCUAUUGUGAUAUUAAGGAUGAUGGUUUGGUAUACGGUAACUUCCAAGUUGUAGGAAUGGAGUUGGGAUUAAAAAGUACCUUAUUCGAUCGUAUGCUAGUAGCAGACACGUGUUUAUUAUUAUCAGGAUUUUUAUUUAUUACAAUUUGCAUAUGGGCAUAUACCAACUCGAUUAUUCUGACGAUCACUACGAUAUUAGCUGUAGUUUUUAGUCUUGGAAUUUCAUAUGCUAUUUAUACUCUGGCUCUAAAGAUUAGUUUUUUUCCUUUUAUGAAUUUUCUGGCAGUGAUUGUGGCAGUAGGCAUUGGUGCAGAUGAUGCAUUCAUAUUCUGUAAAAUUUGGGAACAACAUAAACAACAAAAAAAUUCUAAUGGUAGUUUAACCAAGGUAGUACAAGAAACUAUGAAACAUGCGGUUCCUUCAAUGUUUGUGACCUCCCUCACAACAGCAGUAGCAUUUUUUGCAUCAAUUGUUAGUAACGUUACAGCUAUCAACUGUUUCAGUUUAUUUUCAGGUAUGACUGUGAUAGCAAACUUUUUCCUUAUGAUAACUUGGCUACCAGCAAGUGUUGUGGUAGCUGAUCAUUGUAAUUUGAUGAUAUUAUCUCCUGCCAAUUUAAUAGUUCGAAAAAUAAUUAGACCAUUUAAAAUAACUAUGAACAAAUUAGUAGCUGGAUUCAGUGAUUUACUCAUGAGAUUAGUCAUUGGCUUAAGAUGGCUAUGGAUAUCAACUUUAGGAGCGAUUGUAUUAAUUGGAGGAGUGAUAGUCUUCAGUUACCCAGGAUUAAGAUUACCUAAUUCUCCAGAUUUUCAAUUGUUUGAUAGUUCGCAUCUAUUUGAACGAUACACUUCUCUGUAUGCACCAAAAUUCUGGUUUGAAAAGAGUGAUAUGGGUGAAGGUGCUGGCCUAUUACCUCUGCGAUUUGUCUGGGGCAUCAAACCAUAUGACAAUGGUGACUAUUUAGAUCCUGCUUCUCGAGGUGAACUAAUCUGGGACGAAACCUUCAAUAUUACUGACAAAGAAUCCCAACUGUGGCUUGAACAAUUUUGUAGAAAUCUUCGGACUCAGCCAUUUUACCACAACACUUUGGGCCCUCUAAUAUCCAACUGUUUUAUUGAAUCAUUUCGCUCUUGGAUGGCUCGAAGAUGUGAAGAUGUCAUUAAUCCCCAGAUAAGCCGAGCACCUUGUUGUGAAAGCAGUACAUAUCCUUACACUCCAGAAGUUCUAUCACGGUGUGUUGCCGAAGCCAGCGCGGAUCUUUAUCGAACACCUGCUUACUUAUGGACUCGCGGAGGAGUGGUUGCUGGUGGGAUCAAGUACUUGAAAGACUCUGUAAAACUACAAGUCGAUGAAAAUAAUAUAACUCUGCCAAUGCCUUUGCCAAAAAUAAUGGCACUGAUUGUCGAAUAUGACAGUACUUAUUCGUAUAGUUUGUCAUUCACAGAGAUGAAUGAAUUUUAUAACAAAGUUGAAAAUUGGAUGCAAGAGCAAUUAAAAGGUGCACCACCAGGUAUGCGUGGUGGUUGGUUUGUAAGUCAUUUGGAAUUUUAUGAACUUCAACGGACUCUGUAUGAGGGUACACUUUGGGCAAUGGGAGUAUCCAUGAUUUUAGCUUUAAUAGUAUUAGCAUUUGUAACAUUGAAUCCAUUGCUCAGUUUAUAUGCAAUUGUAACGAUCGGAGGAGCAAUAUUAGUUACAGUAGCUGCUCUUGUUUUAUUAAAUUGGCGGCUCAACGUUCUUGAAAGUGUUGCUGUAUCAACAGCUAUAGGGUUAGCAGUUGAUUUUAGUUUACAUUAUAGUGUGAGUUAUCGUGCAUGUAAAUCAGAAAAAAAAGUAGACAAAGUUAAGGCAGCAUUGGAGCAAAUGGGUGGUCCUACACUCAUGGCAGCUGUUACAAGUGGAGCUUCGGGUGCAUUUAUGUUGCCAUCACACGUUUUAGCAUACAUUCAAAUUGCAAUUUUUCUUAUCCUAGUCAUGUGCGUUAGUUGGAUAUAUGCAACGUUCUUUUUAUGUCCACUUCUUUAUGUGAUUGGUCCAUCAUCAGAUUUUGCACAAUUUCAUUAUUCGAAGCUCAAAAAAUAUCUACCUGGACUAAGUACAAGUCGUUGGUUAGAAGCUGUUUGGGAACCUUCUGCUAAAAUUUCUGCCUUACCUGGUGGUCUUGAAAUGAUUGAUAUAACUGGAGAUGGUCAAGCGAGAUUAAUUUGCAUAGAUAUUCCUCCAGAGUCUACAGAAUCAUCUAAGAUUCGUGUAUUUAAAGGUGGAGAACAAAUUAAUGAAAUACCUGUGUUAGAACCACCAUGUGGAGUUGUUGGAUUCUAUACAGAAAAUAAUGAACUACGAUCUGCAGUUGUUGCUGUUGGUUCUGCUGCUAGUGUAUUUAUUUAUAAAAAUAUGAAACCACAUUUUAAAUAUAAUUUACCGUGUUUAGACGCUCAUCCUAAAGAGAGAGAGAUUUGGAAUAAAGCUUGUUCUGAAGGUGAUCUUAAUAUAAAAUCUUUAUGUGAUGAUCUUGAAUUACUUUCGAAUGAACUUGGUGCAUCUUUUAUGACUCCACGUACACUAAAAUUUCUUUCAAUGGAUGAAAAUCAUCGCCUUGAAUUUGUUGAACAGUAUCGAAAUGUACCUUUAACCAAACCUAAUUGUUUAUGUGUUAUUGGAACUGUCAGAAAAGAUUCAUGGCAUGAUCCAGCUUGUAGCUGUUUGGUUCUCGGCACUGAAAUUGGAGAAAUACUCAUUUUAGAUCCAAGAUCUUUUUCAUUGACUGAUAAACUCUAUCUUGGUUGGGCACCCGCAGCUAUCGCAAGUGCAGGAUUGUGGUCUGGCGAUGGCAAAAUAUUUGUUGCUUCAAGAGAUACUAGAAUUGGUGUUUUAAAAAAAGGAAUGUCAGCUAUAAGUCUCUGGGAAAAUCUUGCUGCUCCUGUAGUAGCAAUUGCUACUCUUGCUGCUGAAGGUCUAGCAGCUGUCCUUAUGAACGGUACUUUAGUUGGACUUUCAAUGAAUGGCGCAAAGCUAUGGGAAGUUCAACUUGUCGAUUUUGCACUAGAUAUGAUUAGCAUUCCAGUUCCUCAGACUGGUUUAUCUCUUCUUGCUAUCAGCAUACCACAAGUUGGUAUUCUUAUUUAUGAUGCACAACAUCAUGUUGAUACGAUAUCUACAUUAGAACCUAUUUCGGCUAUGAAGUAUGGACGUAUGGGGCAAGAAGAACGUGCUUUGGCUUUAGUGACACUUCGAGGUGGAUUAUGUGUAAAAAUUUUAAAACGAACUGCAAAUUUUAGCAGUAGAAUUGAUAAUUCAAAUACUUCUGUGAAUUCUAGUCAGAAAUUCUCAAUACCAAAGAAAACUCGACUGUUCUUAGAACAAACCAAUCGUGAAAAAGCAGAAGCCAAAAACAUUCAUAGUACUUUUGAACGAGAUUUUCUUCAACUUCAAUUGGCUGUUGCUAAAAAAGCAAACGAACUUUUAUAUUCUCAGGCAAGCCCUGCUAAUAAUUCAGUUAACAUGGAAAUUAGUGUGCUAGGAUUAGGGCCAACAUAUGUAAUUCGUACUGUGUUAAGUACGGUCAAGGAAAAAACUUUGAAUGAGGGAUUGCAUUUGCUUUAUAGAAGUGAAGAAACAGUAGAUAUUGAUCGCAGGAUCAUUGAUUUACCUUUUAUUUUAGCUGGUCAUCCAGUACCAGUUACGGUUAGAGCAACUCCUAAAAGUUUAAUUCCUGAAAAAGUCGAAGUUCUUUUAUGUAGAUUUGACCAAAAAAAACCUGUUGCGGUAUCUUCAGUGAUGCUCCCUGUUCCGGAGCCUGAAAUUGAAGUAUGAGAAGAUAAUUAUAUGUUUAAUGUUAUAGAUAUAUCAAAAAAGUUUUCAAAUACUGCUAUAUAUAUUGUGUAUAGUUAUUCAACAAUAAGAAAUUAUUUAUUUAAAAAAUUUGAACAAAAAAAAAUUUUUUAAAGAAUUUAAUGUCUUUUAAAUUUAAAAAAAUCCAAGCAGAGACAUCUGUCAAAUCUUUAUCACAAUAUUAAUUUCACCCAACAAGUCGGUAACCUUUUAAUCUAGGGAUCUACAGUAGUUUUUCCAAAUUUUUUUUUUUCAUAAAUAAAAACAAUUUAAAUAAACUAUUUGACAUAGAUACAUUAAUCGUUUUA